AUGGGUCUCCUCGCGAAGCUCAAGUUCAAGCUGCGCAAGCGUCUUGCGCAGGGUACUGUCGAGCCAGUCGCCUACGGGAUACUCGGGCUUGUCAGCCUCGAACGAGUGUGCAAGGCUCCUAGUGGCAUUGACCGCGGCCGCAACCAGUCCUUCUUCGCGAUGAACGCGCCUCAGGGAAACCCAUUUGCAGCAGCUGGCGCUCUGCACAUGCCAUUCCCCCUCUCAGCUCCACCAGCAGCCUUUUUCACUGGACAGCAGUUUGGCCCCCCUGUCAUGACUCCCAACAGUCUCGAACGAGCGUGCAAGAUCGCUACGAUGCAGGCCGCCGAAUAUGCAUCUAAACGGGCCACGGCCACGAUGCACCUCCUCCUGCACCUUACUGACCAGGCAUGCUUGCCUCGGGCACUGGUUGCGUUGGAGUCACAGCUCGUCCGAUUGUGCAAGAUCUGCACUGUAUGUCUUGGUAUGAACGGGAUUCAUAUCAUUGCAUACAGUGUCGAACUUGCACACUCGUUCGAGCUGCGACACCAACGCAACCAGGACUUUGAUGGCCUUCGCACACUUGACACACCACAAAUACUCACUCUCUCUUUAUCGCCCUCAUUGAAAUGCCUGGGAGGAUUGGCUUGA